AUGACAGACCCGAAGGGCGGUGCAAACGACGUGGAAAUGAAUGCCUUACCGCGCAAUCAGUCAGCGAACCGGUUCCAGGUUAACCUUGUCAAUCAUGACGACCCGGCCACCCAUGGAAACGGCAACGGUACGGCAACGGAACCGGUCACCGAGGACGACGUCUUCCCGGAGGAGAUGGUCAAACGACGCACCUCCCGUCUGCAGUCGCUUCGCAGCAGCUUCCGCACAGAUCGCGACCGGGAUCCGGAACAGCCACGGCAGCGCAAGCCCUCGACACGCUUCAACGUCGAAGGUGAAGAAUCGGACUCCAACGACGACGAGGAAGACAAUCUGAUCGACGAGAAUCGCUACGCGCGAAGCUUCCGGCACUUCACACGAGAAGCCCUGCCGCGAAUGGACAAUUAUCGGAACAUUCUAUCGUUCCAAGGAAACCAGAGACCCACGCUGGAUGAGCUACAUGAUGCGUCCAUCACAAAUAAGGAAACGAUGCGCCGAGGAACCGUGCACGAACCGGCCGAGAUGGAUGGCGCAGUCAAGUUCGGUUGGAUAAAGGGCGUGCUGAUGCGUUGCCUGCUAAACAUCUGGGGCGUUAUGCUGUUCCUGCGACUCAGCUGGGUCGUUGGACAGGCUGGCAUCGUGCAAGGUGUCGUACUGAUCGUAAUGACCACCGUGGUGACUACAAUUACGGCUCUAUCGAUGUCCGCCAUUAGUACGAACGGGGUGAUAAAGGGCGGCGGGACAUACUACAUGAUAUCGCGCUCGUUAGGGCCCGAGUUCGGUGGGUCGAUCGGGUUGAUCUUCUCGUUGGCGAAUGCAGUCGCGUGUGCCAUGUACGUGGUUGGCUUCUGCGAGUCCAUGAUAGAUCUGCUAGCCUCGCUCGGGGUUUCGAUCGUGGAUGGUGCCGUAAACGAUGUGCGCAUUAUCGGCUGCAUUACAAUCGUUCUGCUACUAUGCAUCGUAGUCGUCGGUAUGGAAUGGGAAGCGAAAGCUCAGAUCGUGCUCCUCAUCAUCCUGCUGGUGGCGAUAGUGGACUUUUGCGUUGGUUCUGUCUGGGGUCCAAAGUCCGAUCUGGAUAUAGCACGUGGAUUCGUUGGCUUCAAUGCGACGGUGAUGGUUGAAAACAUGCACUCUUCCUACCGCAUGGCUAAGGGAACGCAACACGAUUUCUUCUCCGUGUUUUCGAUCUUCUUCCCGGCCGCUACGGGUAUUCUGGCCGGAGCAAACAUCAGCGGCGAUCUGAAGGAUCCUUCGUCUUCGAUUCCGAAGGGCACAAUUCUUGCCAUUGUGCUUACUUCCGCGUCUUACAUCGGUAUGGCGAUCAUUGCCGGUGCAACGGUGCUGCGCGAUGCUACUGGUAAUGUCACGGACGUCGCGAACGGAACUUGGGACUUCUCCGACUGUUUGGUGCAAAGUUGCAGUUACGGGCUGCACAACUCCUUCCAGGUAAUGGAGUUGGUGUCACUGUUUGGACCGUUGAUCUACGCCGGUUGUUUCGCCGCCACGCUAUCAUCCGCACUGGCCAGCCUUGUAUCGGCGCCGAAAGUAUUCCAAGCGUUGUGCAAGGACAAACUCUACCCAAAAAUAAGCUGGUUCGGUAAAGGCUUCGGUAAAAACAACGAGCCGGUGCGUGGGUACAUUCUGACGUUCAUCAUCUCCGUGGCAGUCAUUCUGGUCGGUGAUCUAAACAUGAUUGCACCGUUAAUUUCCAAUUUCUUCCUGGCGGCAUACUGUUUGGUAAACUUCAGUACAUUCCAUGCAAGCUUGGCGAAGCCGGUCGGUUGGCGGCCAACCUUCAAGUAUUACAAUAUGUGGCUCAGUCUGCUCGGUGCUAUUUUCUGCAUAGCGGUUAUGUUCCUGAUAUCUUGGCCAACGGCACUGAUUACAUUUGCGGCCGUGCUGUCCCUGUACUUGAUCGUGUCGUAUCGCAAGCCGGACGUUAACUGGGGCUCAACCACCCAGGCCCAAACGUACAAGAACGCACUGCUUUCGGUGCAGCAGCUGAACAACGUUGAGGAACACGUCAAGAAUUACCGACCUCAGAUAUUGGUCCUCUGCGGGCAUCCCAGCUCGCGACCGCUGCUGGUAAACUUCGCCUACCUCCUCACGAAGAAGCUGUCACUGCUGGUCUGUGGUCACGUGACCAAGACACACGUUUCGCAAAAGUAUCGCAACCAUCUGCAGAAGAAGGCAGCCGAAUGGUUCCGACGUCACAAGGUGAAGGGCUUCUACUCGCUUAUUGAUGACAACGACUUCGAAACCGGAUCGCGGGCAAUCAUGCAGGCAUCCGGUAUCGGAAAACUGCGCCCGAACGUGCUGCUGAUGGGCUUCAAGAGUGAUUGGGAUCGGUGUGAAUCGGGCGAGCUGGAGCAGUACUUCAACGUGGUCCAUAAAGCGCUCGACAUGUACUUAUCGGUGGCUAUACUGCGCGUUGGUAAGGGGUUCGAUUACUCGCAGGUGCUCGGUGAGGACACGGUGAAGUUCAUCUCGGAGUACCCCCGCACACUGGUCGCGAACGAUAGUACCAACGAUCUGCUCAGCCAUAACAAGGUUAGCUCUCUGCACGGCAGCUGCGAUUCGCUCAGUCGCAACGUCUCGCAAGACCAAACGAUGGACGUUAACGAGAAGAACUCGAAAAAUCUGAAGACAAGCAGUACCAGUGAUUUAAGCAAAACCAUUUCAGUAGCUCCAGAUCCGAUUGACAUCAGCGCAAAGCUCAUAACAGAAACGGGCCAACGUUCGCUGAAGCGUGGCGAUCCUUCGCUCUUGUAUCGCGGACCGGGUGGGUCCGAGCUGCCGAAGGAGGUGCUCGACGAGCUGACACAGUUCACGUCGAAGAAGAAGACGGGUAUCAUUGACGUUUACUGGCUGUACGAUGACGGUGGCCUGACGCUGCUGUUGCCGUACAUCAUCAGCACACGGCGGAACUGGAGCUCGUGCAAGUUGCGCGUGUUCGCACUGGCCAACCGCAAAACGGAGCUGGAGUUUGAGCAGCGCAAUAUGGCUAGCCUGCUGGCGAAGUUCCGCAUCGACUACUCCGAUCUGCAGCUGCUGCCGGACGUCACGAAGAAACCGAACCAGGAGAUGGCCGACUUCUUCAAAGCACUAAUUAAGGAGUUCACCGUGAAGGAUGAAAACUCGGAUGCCAGCACAGUUGGAGCAUCACACAUAUCGAAGGCGGAACUAUUAGCCGUACAGGACAAAACAAACCGGCAUCUGAACCUGCGCGAAUAUCUGCUACAAAACUCCAGCAAAUCCGACCUCGUCGUCAUGACAUUACCGAUGCCGCGGAAGGGUGUCGUUUCGGCCCCACUGUAUAUGGCGUGGUUGGAAGCGUUGAGCCGUGAUCUGCCCCCUUUCCUGUUUGUCCGAGGCAAUCAAACGUCUGUGCUGACGUUCUACUCUUAA